AUGGCGCGGCCGUGGCGGGACGUGGCCGGCGUGCGCGUGGAGCCGGCCGAGCUGCGCUUCCCGUGCGCGGUGCCCGGGCGCCGCUACCGCGCCGCGCUCAGCGUGCACAACCGGCGCGGGGCGAGCUGCCGCCUCCAGCUGCUGCCGCCGCGGCGGCCCCAGUUUAAACUGAUUGUGGAAAAUCCGGGAAGGCCUGUUGCAUCUGGACUUAAAGUUACAGCUAUUGUGGAAUAUUAUCCUGACAGUGAAGAGGACCUUCAUGAUAGACUGCUUCUUUUGAUAGAAGAAGACAUAGUUGAUAUCCCUCUACUUGGAUUAGUUCCAUGCUGUUAUCUGGAAAUUGAGCCUGAGAUUAAUUUUGGUACAGUGACUGUAAACAGUAAAAUAAUUAAUAAACAGAUUAGCAUUACUAACCAUGGAUCAUCUCCAGGUACAUUUAAGCUAUCAUAUGAUGGGGUUGUCCUAGUUAACAUAGAACCUACCAGUGGAGUUGUAGAGCCGAAAACUGUAAAGAUGAUUGAUGUGGGCAUCUGCACAGAUGUGCCAAGAAUCAUCAACGAAGUGAUAAAAGUGGAGCUAGAAGGACGCGACUGCGCAGAGACACGAAUCAAAGCUGUUGUGGUUGAACAAGUUCUUAAAGUUCUAGGAGUGUCUCAUGGAAAUGAAUUGAAAUGCAUUGAUUUUGGAUCUGUUUAUUUUGGGUCCGCAAAGACUGAACAAGUAUUUCUGUACAAUAAAAGUCCAGAGUGUAUGGACUGGGUAGCAGUGCUGGAGGACAAUGCCACUGGAGAAGAAAUGGGUACAGAUCUUCAGAAGGCUACAGAUGCACUUUUAGGAGACUUAAGUUUCAUGAAAAGAACACGAGAUGUGGAUGUUUCCACCUUGAUUUUGUGCAUUCCCAAUCAAGGAACCUUGCUGCCUUAUCAGAAAUCUGUGAUUACGUUGUGUUUUAGUCCAACGAAACUUGAAAGGGCCACUGGACUGGAUGAUUCAUCAGCAAAACAGGAUUAUGUCCUGUUUCUGAGAUUUGAGGCUGCUGGGAGUAAAGGUGGCUUUCUGCAGACCCCCAGCAAUGAUGAUACACCGCUCAAAAUGAAUUAUCCUCCUCACAUGGAAUUAGCUCUGAUCGGUUCUGGGCUUCCCGUCAUGUUAACUUUCAAUCCAGGACCAGUUAUAAAUUUUACGGACUGCUUCUUGGGCGAACAAGUUGAAGUUCUUUGCAAAGUCAGGAAUGAAUCUGAGUCACUUCCCAUAACUUUCAUCUUCCGAAAGACUGCCCACUUCAAUAUUUCUCCUGAAAAGGGAAAAAUUAAAAAACAAUCUACAAAGGAGGUGAUAUUUUCAUUUUCUCCACGUCAGAUUGGAGUAUUUAAAAAGAAACAACUUGUUGAUAUCAUUGGUUCAGGGCUAGAAGAAAAUAAUUCACAGAUCCUGAAGACAAAAUCCUUUCACCAAAUACAUUUGAAAUUCAUUGGUGUUUGCAAAUCUAAAUCAAAAACCAUUCCAUUUAAAAAUUAUUCUGGCAUAAUACCAAUGAUUUCCAAUUCAACUGGGCAGUUUGUUCCUGAUGACACAGGACAGCGCACUGAUAUUGCACCCAUGGCAAUGCUUAAAUCAACCCAAACUCAAAUUCAUACUCACCAGAUGAACCGGAAUUGUAAGAAUGAUGCGCUUGUAGCUCUUCCCAAUGACCGCUCAGCCAGCAUCAGACCUUUCGAACGGCAUAAAAAGUACAGGACUAUUUUCACAAAGACUGAGAGAUACAAUUAUGUAGAUCCACAGUUUUCUUACACUGACUUUGAACAGCUGGAAAAGGAAGCACAUAAGGAAUAUUAUACAGAUUACAUUUGUAAAUUUAGACAGCGUCGCUUACAAAAAGAUGCCUCUAGGCAAUUUGAUGCUUAUAAUAAUUCUGUAAACAUAGGCCUUAAACCAGCAGAUGGGCUUAUUUCACCAACGAUCUCAAUCACAGAUAUUCGCAAGGAGGAGCCACAGCUCAAAAUGCUUCCAUCAGAUGAAAAUUGCUUAUUAACUAGUCGAAAGUUGGAAGCAAUUGGUUCUAAAUCCUCAAACGAAGAAAUUUGGAAUGGGCUUAAUGCUGUGCCCAUUUCUGCCCAAGAGAAGGAAGAUUGUAGCUUGACUUUGACACCAAAGCAGCUUCAUCAGAUACACAUUGGUCCUUCUACUAUAAACUUUGGUGACGUUUGUGUGCAAUCAACAUCUGUCAGAAGACUGCAUAUCAUCAAUAACUUGUUGGUUCAUAUAUGGGUACAAAUUGAUGUUGAACCUGAAGAGUUACAGCAGACGAGUCCGUUGUCCCAGGUGGUGCCUCCUCUUUUCAAGGCUUAUAUUCCAGUAGUAUUUGAGACAAACACGCUUGGGACUUUUCAGAAGUCUUUCACAUACACAAUAAAUAAUGGAAACACUGGACAUGUGCUGGUAACUGCAAAAGCAGUGUCUGUUGAGCUAGAGCUUUCUGCAAAGGAGCUGAUUCUAAAUCCUAUUCCUGGCUAUCUAGCAGAGACAGAAUUUCGAAGAACUAUCAGAAUAUACAAUCGCAGAAACUAUUCUGCUGAGUUUUCUUGGAAACCUAUAAUUGCUGAUAAAAAUACUCCAUUUUCAAUACGGCCAUCCAAAGGUUUUGUGGAACCGUAUAGAGAUCUGGAGUGUGAAGUUGUUUGGCAUUCGGCGUUCCACUCUGCAGACACAGGCGAAUUCAACUUGUGUGUGCACCAGGGAAACACAGUCAAGUUGAAAUGUUUUGCAAAGCUUGGUCCUACCAAUGUUCAGUUUCUACAACAAAGGAUACACUUCAAUCAUGCUCCUUUGGGUUUAUGUACUUGUAAGACAGCCAUUCUUCAAAAUAUAGGAUACAAUCAUGCAUACUUCCAGGUUCUUGAUUUGAACCCACUGCCUGGAAUGAUAAUCACACCUCCUGGAGGGGUAAUACCUGUGGGAGGCCAUGCUGAUCUCAAAAUCUCCUUCACUCCAAAUGCAAAAAUGAAUUUUGAUACAAGAGUGGAGGUAGCAGUGCGAAACUCAAGAGUACUUGUGCUUAGGAUUACUGGAUGUGUGGAAGUCCCUGAGAUAAACAUCAGUGUGGAACUGUUUGACUUUGAUGGUGUUUAUGUUGGUUCUACAAAAUCGAUUCCCUUUUUGCUGCAGAACAAAAAACAGUCAUGUACCAGAGUGGAGUUUGAUUUAUCCAAGUACAAGGAUUUUGUACUGAAUGUUAAUGACUUGGUUGACUGCUGUCCUUUGAAACCUCAUUUGUAUUUUGUGUACUUAGAAGGAAAGGAAACUCUGCCGUGUUCAUUGUCUUUCAUCCCAAAAGAGGUGGCAGCAUAUGACUUUGCUCUUCCAGUUAAUAUUCCUCAGGGUGAAUAUUCCUGGUCACAGGAAAGCUCUAUACCAGCAACUCCUAUUGGAUCUGUAAAGCACACCAUUACUCCUCGGCCCCAAGGGGUGACUGUGCCUGCUCCGGUUUGUAGAGUGAAAGCAGUUGUGCUCACAUCACCAUUGGAGUUCUCCUCAAUGGAACUUACAUUUUUGCUGCAUUUAGGGAAUAAACCAUCUAAUGUAGCUGAUGAAAGCCUGAAUUCUCAGAAACUUGACUUGAUGAAUAUCUCAAGGCAGCAGUUGACAUGGAAAUUGACCUGCGAUAGUUCAAAAAAAGCAAAAGAAGAUGGUAUUUUUAAAUUUAGUCUACAGACUGGAUUUCUUGAUCCAGGACAAAAAAUCAGUAUCCCUGUAUCUUUCUGCCCUCCCUGUCCUGGAGCAUAUGCAUCUGAAAUGUUAGUGUAUGUCAAUGAUAAUCCAUCUCAGUACCGAAUAAUGUUGUCUGGCACUGUGAAGUCACCAAAAAUAAGUUUUGAUCCCAUCCUUCUAAUGCUGAUGCCAGUUCCUUUGGGUAUGAAAACUGAAACAACUGUCAAUAUUAUUCCACAAGAUUAUUUAAGGCAAUCUCGAAUUCGAGUAGAACUUCCAGAGUUUGAUCAUGAAGAUGGUGACAGGAUUUGCCCUUUUUCUGUGCAGUUCCCAAAUGGACAAGAUGUUGUUGUUUCAUCAGAUGGUACAAAUAUACAACUCAUUUGUCAUAUUGGCUUCAGCUCAUCCAGACCAGUGUCCUAUUUAGAGAAUAUAUUCUUCAUCGAUGAAGAAGAAAACAGGUUCUCACUUCAGGUUGCUGCAGUAGCAGAGAACUGCCUCCUUACACUAUACCCCUACUUAGCGUUUCACCGCUGUGAUCAACAAAUCAUCUUCAAAAGCAACAGUAAUGAGAAUGACUGCAGUACUAGUGAAGCGGUUUUGGAUCUGUGUGUUACUCCACAAUCAGUUUCCUCUAGUACUUCCUCACCUUCCUUUGGUGUAACCACUACCUCAACCUAUGAAGAUUCCAUAUCAGACGCAGAUACUAUUUCUGAAAAUGAGUAUUUAAAGAUGAGCGAAUCAGACAGCCAAAGUGAUGUGAGAAGAGAAAGAUUUGAAUUAUCCCUUUUUCCUGAUGAGAAGGAGGAGGAAUACAUCUUCUUUCAAAAAGUCCUAGCUGCUGUUCAGAAUUGGUUCAGUCUCUUUGGUUGGUCAAAGGGACCUAAUCCUAUUUCAAUACCAUAUUCACUAAGACGUAAUGUGCAUCAAGUCCAGAUGAGUUCUUCAGAGCUUUUUAAACAAAACUUUGGCAAAGAUACUGUUCAUGACAUGUUAUUCCAUCUGAGUGGACGGUUGUUACCAGGCGUUACAUCCAGCCGGUCAUUGUCCUCUAACCCAACUAGAGGAAUAUUGCAGCUCUGCUGGCAGCAUUCUGCACUACUUGAUUUCCUUGAAAGCCAAGGAGCACUUCUGCCUCAUGUUAUGCCAGAAUUUCUGCUCGAUCCUGAUGAUUAUAGGAAAUGGAUUACAGCGGAAACUUUUCUGAAGGCUCAGAUGGCAGUGUUGAAAAAAGGUGAUGUGACGAACUUAAAGAUAUGGAGUGACAUGCAUUUAUUUAUGCUAGAGAAAAGUGUAUUUGAGAAAAUGAGCAAACGAGCUUGGACAGAUUUGUUACUGCAGGUGUACAAGAUAUUAGUUCUUCCACGCGUUUCUUCACAUAAUAUCACUGAUUUGUUUGACUCGAAAGGCAUGCAGAGCAUGCCAAAAAUAAAACCAGAACCUUUAUCCAGUAAUAUUUAUUCUACACAUGAACGAAUCAUCCUCAUCUGGCUGAAUAAACAUUAUGAGAAGAAUCGAAAAAUUGUGUGGAAAGACUGUCAGAAAGGUGGAAUACCACCAAUGAGAUGGAUAAUAAAUUUUGACCGAGAUCUUCUAGAUGGUCUAGUAUUGGCAGCACAACUAGCAGCUUACUGCCCAUUUUUGAUUGCUACUCACUUUGUAAGGAUGUAUACUACUAUAGAAACUGCUGAGCAGUGUCUACACAAUUGUUUGAUACUUGUGGAUGCUAUGCAUGCUGUCAGUCUGGCUAUAGGCAUAAAGGCCACAGACAUCUGUGAUCCGAACCCAGUCAUGAUGCUUAUUCUGUGUGUUUACUUGUACGAAAGGCUCCCUUACUACUUGCCCAAGAAGACUAUUGAAUUUACAGGUGCUUUCCAUGCAACUGUUGUUAAAAAGGUGCAUCUGGAAAAUCCAAGCAUUAAAACUUUGAUGUACAACGCUACUUUAGUAGGAAGAGAGGCUGAUGAUUUCUCAUUACCUGAAGGAAAUACUGUCAUCAUUCCUCCUAAAGGGCAAGCGAGUGUAAAUGUGGAAUUCACUAGUCGUUUUCUGCACCCUGCUGAGGCGAUGUUGCUGCUGGUUUCAAAGACCGUGGGUGGAAUAGGCGGUGCCACGCUGGCCUUCUCUCUGAAAGCUAAAAUCACACGUGUUGAGCCUGCCGGUGUCUUAAAAUGCAAAUCUCCAUGUUAUGAACUGAAGAAAGUUAUACUAUGCGUUACUAAUCCCUUCAGAACUGAUGGCAUAUUCAGGGUCAUUCUGCUGGAAUCCACAAGUUACUUAAGUCAGCCAGAGCAAGUGUGUCAAGCUAAAGAAGUAAAGCAAGAGAUAUUCACCCCAGAAAAUAAUGUAUUAAGCUAUAAAGAGAGUGCAGUACCUGAAGAUACAAACGAAGAGCAAAGCAGUAAUGGUUCUGACCAAUCCAGCCUCCUGCAUGAGUUCUUCAGUCCCAUGGAAAUACUAUGCUUGGAAGGGAGUAGUUCUGCAAACUUAGAGAUUGACUUUCUUCCCUUUAACCUGGAAAAACGUUACUGCACUGUCUUUCUUGUUAAUGAACAGAUUGGAGAAUUUGUAUACCUGGUAGAGGGACAAGGUGAUUUCCCUUUGCCGUCACCACUGCUGCCAAUUGAUAGUCCAAAUGUCCUGAAUGUGAGCAGUACACUAGAAGGUCCGAAUAAGAUGGAGCCUAUUUUGCAGAUGAAAUGUGGUCUUGCUCAGACUCUGGAAGAAAAUCUGAGGAUUCCACUGGUCAAUGAAGCAAGGGAAAUGGCUCUGGCCAUUGCUGCACAACAACAGAUGUCAGCUCUGGAGUAUGAAAGAAGAAAGAUCACGGGCACUCUGGAGAGCAGUAGCGUCCGAGUUGCCGUUGCAUUGCUAGGACUAUCCAGAGUAGAGAGAGAUGCGCUCUUGCAACCCUGUAAAUUGCCCCCAGAGCCGAAGUCGGUGGAUUACAGCGUCCAAGUGAACAUGCAGGAGUUCUUUCAGCUUCCUGAAAAGGUCUCUGUUCCAGUGCUAGCAUCAAGCAGGGUUCACUUGAAUGUUCCUUCAGAAAAAGACCUUUCACCUCAGAAAACAGAAAAUAGUCCUGCAGUUGAACUUCCUAUAAAAUUUAUUCCUAAAUAUGCUGGUCGCUACUGCUGUCAGAUUCUUCUCAAGUCCUCCUGUGAUGUUCGUCUCUAUAAGGUUGAAUGUAUAGUGAAUACAGACUGUGCUGAAGCUGAGCUUGAAUUUCUAUCUCCAGCUUACCAGGCAGUGAUUCAGGACAUUCCAAUAAGAAACACGUCCCAUCAGGACUGGAAACUUGAAGCUGUUCUGGAAGGACAGAGUUUUUAUGGCCCUCGUGUAUUAUGUGUGGGUCCAGGAGAAACAGUUCAGUAUCCUCUCAUGUUCAAGCCUAUUGCGGAGUGCAUAACAAUGGGCAGGCUUAUUCUCCGAAAUUACACAGAUGGCACUGAAAAUAUUUUUAGCCUUAAGGGAAUAGGGAAGACCCCUCUGGCACUGGAUCAUAUUGUGAUAGAUAGCCAAGUGAGACAGGUUACUCAGAAAGAAUUAAAGGUGCCUAAUUAUACCAAGAACAAGUUGACAUACAAGGUAUCUUCAGAUCUUCCAAUAGUGGGUGGUCCAUCAUCUCUUACUGUAGGACCAGGUGAUACAGUUGUGUACCCUCUAACUGUUUCUCCAUGGAAACGAGGAACUUUUGAAGGCAUAAUUUCAUUUGUUGCUGAAGAUGAAGACCAACAGCAGUCUCAACAUAAUGGCUCACUGGAGAAGACAGAUGGUGAACAGGCCCUUCAGAAAUCGUCAGCAGAGACACCACUUGCUGUUGAUGCAGCAAGUAUAGGAGGGAGUUCUUCAGGUUGCAAAGUGUGGUUUUCCUUAAAGAUUAACAGCAUACCUGCACGACCUGAAAGGAAGAUAAGUGUGAAAUGCAGAGCUCUGGAUACUGCUGGAAUUGAUAUUCCCAUCACUAAUCCUACAGAUGAACUUCUUCACUUGAAUGUAAUGAUAGAGAAUCAUUCACUUUAUGGAAAAAAAACAUUAAUUCUUAGGCCCAAGCAAGCAAUUAGUUAUCGAAUAAGGUUUUCUCCAGUUGCUGUUGGCACUUCAGAUGCAAGUGUCAUAUUCCUGUCAGAGAUGGUUGGAGAGUUUUGGUACGCUCUGAGGCUGAUUGUAGAGAAACCUUUGCCGACUACUCUACCUGAAAUAGAAUGUGAACUUGGAAAAUGGGUUCGUCUGUACGUACCUGUCUUUAAUCCUACAUGUGAAACUCUGGAACUGAAAAUUUUUAACAGCAAUCCUAACAAUUUUUCAAUUGAGACCGAUCCAAAGCAGCCUUUGAUCGUCACUCCUCAUUCCAGAACAAAAGUACCUGUGAAAUUCUGUCCGUCUGCCCUUGGAAGAGGCAAACAUAAGGCAUCUAUAAUCUUCAGAUGUCCAGAGCUACAGGAGUGGCUAUUUUACCUUUCUGGAACUGGUCUUCUUCCUCAGCUGAUGGAAACAACUAGCAUAAGUGCAUGCAUUGAUCAGCAUUCUUCUGUCAUCAUAUCCUUCAGAAAUCCAGCUCCUGAAAAUGUACUAGUAGAUGUGGAACUAACAGUUCAGGAGCAGUCCUAUUGUCAGGAGCAGUUGACUGAUUCUGCCCAAGCCAAGUCCCCCCGUAAGGAACCUGCUUUCUGCCUUCUGCUCAAACAGACACAAGGAAUUACAUUAGGUCCAAGAAGAAGGCUGGACAUCCCAGUGUUAUUUAUACCAAAUACAAUGAAAUUGUAUGAAGCUCAGGUGGUAAUUCAUGUAACAAGGGAGAAUGGUAAAAACUGGCCCUGUGAGGAUUCUGUUAAAUUAAAUAAAUACUUAAAGAGCAUUACUCUGGCAGAAAAUGGGGGAAUUCGGGGAAUACGUUGGAUCUACCCAGUUCAUGGAAUACCUGAAGCACCUCAACAGAAAUCAGUUUCAGCUGUGGUACGCUGUCGAGCCAGGCAUAGAGUAGAGCAAAGAGUGGAAGUGCUGCUGACCGGCGUAGUUCCUGGAGCUGGAAGAAAUGCUGCGGGGGUCAAUAUAAAUAAGCCAGCCAACAAGCAAGAUGAAGUUCAAGUCACUUCUGGUUUUUCUACAAAAGCGGCAUUUCAGUAUGAAUUGCAGUAUCAGUCAGAUAAAAUUAAGUCUCAGCUUGACCCUUUGGUGGGCAUACAUCUGAUGCAAAAAAAACAAGAUUCAGAGUCUGGAACUGUAACACUGAUCUUUAAUAUAGUGUUUUCACCUAGAAAACCAAUGAGGAAUGCAGCCACUCUGGUAGUACAAUGCGCCACGGGAGGAAUCUGGAAGUUUCCACUGCUGCUUAUUGCUAUGGAGCCCGAAGUCGAUGAUGUUAUCAACAUUGAAGCAGCUGGCCUCAAUAAGGAAUCUGUAGUAGGCUUCCGGCUUACAAGCCAGAGAAGGUACCCAGAGCCAUUCACUGCGUAUUUCCUGGCGGGCAGCGAUCCUGCAUUUGCUGUAGUGCCACAAGCUGGAGAACUUCUCCCCAUUGGCACUGUUGGAACCAGUAUAAUGGUGGGAUUCAAACCGAGAAUGUAUGGCAGGAAGCACAGAGCAACGCUUGUAAUUCAGACAACAUCAGUGCAUUGGACAUAUGAAGUCAACGGACUGCCUCCAGAAACCCCAUCACCUAAAAAGCAAGCAAAAGUCAUUUCCACCAGCAGUUACAUGAGAUCCGCCACAGUUCGACAGCGCAAUUUUUUACGUGAAAACCUGGAGCUUACAACCACUGCAGCGUCCUCCCCAGUCAAAGGGGCCCCUUUGGUGCUGAGAACAACACAGAGCAACCUGUGAUAACUACCUGUGAGUGAGAGGGAGGAGCGUUAAC